AUGCGCAUAAUUGUCACAUCACUAUUUCCGUCAGAAAUCCACUCAAGUGUGUUUCCUGUGAUUCCACUUGCAUCUUAUGUUAAGGCCAAACGUUUAUGCGGUACCUUAGCAAAAGCCUUAGCAAAAUCCAAGUACAUUUCAGUGAGUUUUCCACAGAGAGGGGCCAUCUGGUGUACCAAAAAACGCUCGAAGGUUUCAAUCUUCCUAGUCAUAGCCACAACUCUAGUCACAACAUUUCUAAACCUGGCCACUCUGACCAUCAAAGUUCAAUUCCCUAGUAACUGUACCCUACUCUACCUGAAUGGCAGUCUAGUUCCGACCAAUGAUAACAUAGUAUCGGAUACUGACGCUAACGAUUUGAUAUGUAUCAUUUUACCCGACGAUAAUAGCAACGAUGACGAUAGUGGUGGUGAUAGUGUUGGUGGUGGUGGUGGUGGUGGUGGUGUGAGUUUGGGGAUUCGCGACAAUAUUGCGAUUGGUUGCGAGAUUCUGUGCGACUGGAAUGCCACUGAUUCGUGUCAAUGUUCUGAAUCGCUGGGUAAUUUAACUUUGGCGUCUCAUUCCAUGAUGACAUCAUCAUCAUCGUCAUCAUCAUUGAGUUUGCAUUCUCUAUCAUCAUCAUCAUCAUCUUCAUCUUCUUCUUCUACCUCGCCAUCUCAAACUCGAGAAAAGAUGAUAAGUAUCAUUAUAGAUGAUUCAAAUUUUGAUGAAUUGACCAGCCCACAGCUCUCAACAUUGCUACAUCCUAGAUCCGGCUCGCCUGAAGCUACUACUACUACUGCUACUACAACUACUACUACUGCUACAACUACUGCUACUGUGACUUCGGCAAAUUUCAAAACGUCAACCGGUCCGGAGAUCAUGCUGACGAACUUGAACUUCUGGGUGCAGGCGGUGCUCGUGAAGAUCAUCCCGUGCAUCGGCAUGGUCAUCCUUAGCCUGCUACUCAAACGCAAGAUGACGUCGGCGCAGAGAAAACGCCGCCAGCUGCUCCGAGCGGCUAUGAGCGAUCGAAAUAAAGACGAGCAAUCCAGAACAUUGGGAGCCAAGAAACCCGGAUUGGACGCCAGACAACGCAGAACGUACCGGACCACAAGGAUGCUGAUCAUCGUCGUCUUUCUCUUCGCCAUGAUUGAAUUCCCAAACGGAUUGCUGAACCUUCUCAGUGGUAUCCUGGACGACACGUUUGUGAAGGACAUUUACGACAAGUUGGGUGACGUGAUGGACCUGCUGACGAUGGUCAACAGCUCGAUCAACUUCAUCCUCUACUGUUCCAUGAGCAGGCAGUUUAGAAAAACCUUCGUGUCCACUUUUGUGACGCCACUGACGCCGAAGAAGCUGCUUCAGCAGCGUGACGCGCCCACUGCGGCUGUUAAGACUUGUAACUUGUAG